AUGGCUCAUUGGCAGGGUGAUGCUGAUGAAGGUAUAGACUACAUGUUCAAGAUUGUGAUGGUUGGGGACUCUGGGGUUGGAAAGUCUCAGCUUUUGAAUCGGUUUGUGAAGAACGAAUUCCACAUGAAAUCGAAACCCACAAUUGGGGUGGAGUUUCUGACUAGGACGGUCGUCAUGGAUCACAAGCUUGUCAAGGCACAGGUUUGGGACACUGCUGGUCAAGAAAGGUACCAGGCAAUUACUACUGCCUAUUACAGGGGUGCAAUCGGGGCGUUACUAGCAUACGACAUAACCAAGCAGCAAACCUUUGAUCAUGUUGAGAAGUGGUUGGAUGAGCUCCGGAUACACGCGGAUAAAAAUAUACUUGUCAUGCUUGUUGGCAACAAAUCUGACCUGAGUUCUCUUCGAGCAGUGCCUCUUGAGGUGGCAAGAGAGUUUGCACAGCAGGAGGGUCUGUUCUUUCUGGAGACAUCUGCACUUGACUCCACCAAUGUGGAAUCAGCUUUCAUUGGUCUCCUCUCUCAAGUGUAUAGAACAGUCAGUAGGAAGCAAAUCCUUGUGGAUGGACAUGAAUCAAAUUGGGAUAAAGUAAACCUUGAACUUGAAGGAACAAAACUUAAGGUCCAAUUUCAAGAACCUGAAUGCCAGAAUGCUAAAAAAAGAUUCAAUUGUUGUAGUAUUCUUUAG